AAAACGUGCAUGCACAGAAAAUCCAAAACAUAAAAACAGCAACACAAUAUAAUAUCCGUCAUUUGUAAAAGGUAACGUUACACGCUUAGUUUAGAGCCACGGAACAGGACUUAGCCAUUUUCACUUGGACUGCGCAAAUAAACUCCGACAGGCGGCGAAAAAAAUCCAGGUAAGUACAAAAAGUAAUGGGGAAACAAAAACUUUUUAUCUGUUAUCAAGAAGUACAUCAGCAAACGCGUUUCUAUCUAGCAAACACAUUUCUUUCUUGGACACCAACGGCAACGUGUCCAUCUUGCAGCACGGACUUCUCUCAAUAAUAUAUGCGCAUGUGCGACAAAAUAGCCACAAAACGAAAGUAGCGUGAACGGGGAGAAUGCAUUAUUUCUUUUACCAUUAUCAAACCGAUCACGACUACAAUUUGGUGUAGAAACCAUUUGUCUGGAAAUAUUUACAAACUUGGUCUACUGUACUAGAGAAGGAUACUGCAAGAUAAGUCCCCCUUCCUCAUUUUCGUGUUUUAUUGUUUGCUCAAGUAGAGUUUGACACUGUUUACAUUUACCACUGUUUACAAACAAAUUUACAUGGGUGAUAAGGUGUACAAUCAGCUGAUUGAUAUUUCUUUCCAUAAUUACUGUAUCUAUUUGAUGUUGCAUUAUUAAACAGAAAAAACUCUCUCUCUCUCUCUCUCUCUCUCUCUCUCUCUCUCUCUCUCUCUCUCUCUCUCUCUCUCUCUGAUGUGAUAUGAAACUCAGCUGCAAGCUACAAUAUAUGAAUAAAAUUGUCAUUUCUUUUCAAUGCACACAUGGUAGACACACAUGGUAGAGUAGAGGCUCCAUAUAUUGUAUUAAAAAAUAUAAAUGAACAUUUCCUGAUCCAUACAGUUAAUUUUAUUUUUAGUCUGACAUGAUGGAAUUUAAUAGGACAAUAGAUGAAGAAACUGAAGAUAUGGAAUGUGAAGAGUGUGAUAUUGAGGAACAGGAAGAGGUAGAUGAUAUUUUGAGAGAAAUAUUUGGAGAUGACACAGAAGAUGAGGAGGUGGAAGAAGAUGUCAGUGAAGAAGAUGGAUUGUGGAAUAAGAGUGAACAAGCAACCAACUUUGAGGAUGAGUACAGGCUACUUAGGGAGAGGAGGUUUAUUGUGGGAGAGAAUGCUAUCCUUGAUCUCUUGAAAAGAAGUGUGUGUGAGGAAUGUGGAGAUCCGAUAAUACCAUCUAGCAUUGAAGAAGGGGAGAAAAUAGCGGCAGGGAUCAAGUUCAAGUUUGUUUGUAUAAAUGGUCAUUUAGGGAAGUGGUUAUCUUCUCCCUUUUAUGGAGGCCGGAGUUUCAUUAGCAUGCUUUUACAGCUAAUGGUUAUAUUGUCUGGUUCUUCUUGGGAGCAGUUUGCCAUGGGAGCAAGGUUCAUUAACCUUGCUAUUGGAACGGCAAGGCACUUUUACCAGAUGCAGCUACAGUACAGGGUUUCUAUAGAAAAAUUUUUCAAGAAGCACUUAACUGAAGUGAGAGCUUCUCUUGGAGGAAUACCUAUUAGUGUUGCUGUUGACGUACGAUAUGACACACCAGGAUUCUGUGCGAGUAGGUCCACAGCUGUUUUUAUGGACAGCAACACAAAGGCCAUUGUUCAUAUGGAGGUGGGAGACUGUCGGGAAGUUGGGAGGCACAGCCCGAGAAUGGAGAAGUUAUUAGUGGAAAAGGGUCUGACCCAUUUAGUUCUCACAUCUCAACUAGUGGUAUGGGAGGUGAUCUCAGAUGCCAGCAGAACAAUCAUUGCCCUUAUGAAGACAGACCCAUUUAAACACUUGAGGCACAGUCUGGACGUCUGGCACAAGUCAAAAAAAUUGGCUGCUAUGUUAGCAGAACUUGCCAAAAAAUCUGCCUACAAAGAUCUCAGACCAUGGAUAAGGCCAAUAGUAAACCAUUUCUGGUGGUGUUGUAGCAGUUGUAAAGGCAGUGUCGACAGGCUUAUUAAAAGGUGGAUGACAAUUCUUCAUCAUGUUGUCAACAACCAUGCAUGGCCAGGUGGAAGAUGUUUGCAUCAAGAAGAAGAGAACAUUGAUAUGAAAUGGUUGAAGAGGGAUUCAUUGUCAUACAAGGAACUGCAGAAAAUGGUCACAAACAGACAAUGGUGUGGUUCUUUGAGCUACUAUGUAAGCUGCCAGCAGACAUGGGCCAUAGAAAAUUUCUUCAGCCACACCCUACUACAUUAUUGCCCCAAGCAGAAGUCGUAUAGUUACGAUUCUUGCAACAUUAAAAAUAUGUUGGCUGUAAUGGAUCAUAACUAUCACAGACACAGGGAUGCAGCAACAAGUCAAGAUGGUAGAACAUUUACCCAGGCACAGAUUUCACGGCGAACGAAACAGUGGGUGUCAUAUGAAAGAAGAAAUCCAAAACAGUAUGCCUAUAUUCCAGAGCUUAUGGCCACCUGUAUGCUGGAAACUUAUGGAAAGUCUGUGUACACAUAUAGCAGAAGUGAGCAAGCAAUUUCCUUGGAUGGUUUAUCUAACAAGCCAAAUCCAGAAUAUAAAAUACAGCUUGCUGAAAUGAAAAGCAGAAAAAAAACAGGCAUGGCAGCAAGUUCAAGGCGCUGAUUUAGACUAGGGCCUCCAUCAUCUGAUGGCUGAUUUCUGACACUGUUCACAGCAUAUGGUUGAUGACGAUUCUGUGACCAAAAUUAAUGGAC